AUGUCGUUUGGGAUUGCUAUCGGUGACUUCAUUGCCGUAGCCAAGCUGAUCAAAGAUAUCAAGGACUCCCUACAGUCAGUUGGCGGCGCGAAGUCGCAGUACCAAGAGAUUGCGAGAGAGCUCGACAUACUCGACAAAGCUUUGGAGCAUAUCGAUCACCUGGAUGCGGCUGACGGAACAGCACCCGGAGCAGUAGAUUACAUCAAGUUCGCCGCAAUCAGCUGCCGGUAUUCACUCCGGGAAUUUUCGGAGAAGAUAAAGGAAUACGAUGGCUCUCUAGGCGUCAGAGCUAAGACCAACAUGAUCAGGAAGACAGCGCGCAAGUUCCGGUGGUCAUUCGGUCGCUCAGAGGAUCUUGGGCAGUUACAAAUGUACUUGAAUACGCACGUUGGUACGAUCAACAUGUUGCUUGAGCAAUAUGGCCUGGAACAGAUGACAUCUCUUGGUAUGAAGGUCGAUGAGGGUUUUAGCGAAGUUAACAGGAAGCUGGACGAGAGCCAAGCAAUCAUCCAAGACGUCAAGAACGACACGUCCGUCAUAGGCAGUUCCUUGGGCCAACUGCUCGUCGCAGUAAUGCAGAACCAAAUUUCCUUCGAGCAGUAUAAAACGAGCUUGGCAGAGAUUGGAAGGUCUUUGAAAGACAUCGACACAGGGAUGACUUAUCUUCAGAGACCUUUUCAUGUUGAGGACGCUCUAGGUUUCACAUACGCGAUCCCAUCAGAGCUCGGUUACCGUAUGCUUGAUGCUUACAUUCGAUGUCGUUUCGAAGAAGGUACCGGCUCCCAAGAUGUGGCUCUGGGCAACUACGAGUUCUUUAGAGCGGAUCGAAGGUCAUUGACAAUUACUGCAUCGUCUCAACUCACACCUGGAACACGUAUUGUAAUGGCCGUCAUUGUGAAAGCGAAUAUAGAGAGCGUCUGCGCAAGGCCUGGAUGCACUUCUACCGAAGCUCGUCCUUACCCUGGUGGAGGCUUUAUAUGCUCUCAUUGCGAUUUAUGGUUCGACCAAAGUACGAAAAGAAGACAUGAGCUCAAAGACAGAGUCAAAGAAGUUGACGAGCUCACCAUCUCCAUGGACAACUCGCCCAUUGAUGAUCCAGUACAGGUUGCAGACCGGCACGUCUAUGACGAUAAUCAGUCGCUCAGGAAUGUCAAGAUUGCACAGCCGGACGAGUCAUCUAAGAUCGAGUCUAUGCAGAAGCCCAAUCCCACGAGCGACACACUUCGUUGCGAUAUACAGGGCUGUACUGAAUUCUUCACCGGCUCUUAUCGAAGAGUGGAUCUCAACCGUCAUAAGAGACAGCGUCAUGUCAUCGACCAGUACCCGUGCCUGGAACCUGGAUGUGAGAAGGUGUUCAAGAGACCGGAUGCUCGACUGAAGCAUUCUCGGAGACGACAUAACCAUCUUUUCGCCAAACCCACGGACUUUUGGGGACCUUUUAAGGCAGCAAUGGAGGCCGACCUUGCAUCGUCUCGUUAG